AUGCCUGACGAUUGCUACCUCGUUGGCUACGCAGACGACAUCGCCGCCGUCAUAACCGCACGUAAUAUCGACAUGGCCAGGCGUCGACUUACACAAGUUAUGAUACGAACACAGACAUGGUUGGACUCACACGGCCUCAGCCUAGCUGCUGAAAAAACAGAACUGAUCCUGCUCACUAGGAAACAUAUCCCGCUGGAGGUAAAUAUGCAAGUUCAUUCAGAAACUAUCAAAACGACGAGAACCCUCAAAUACCUAGGAAUAAGAAUGGACAACAAAUUGACGUACUGGGCUCAAAUACAACACGCUGCAAAAAAGUCAGCCAAUAUAACAAUGGCGCUAUCAAAACUCAUGGCAAACACCGGAGGGCCACUUGCAAGCAGAAGGAAAUUACUUAUGGACACAACACAGUCAGUGCUACUGUACGGUAGCGAAAUAUGGGCCGAUACAUUAAAUGUAGAACACAGACGAAAAGUGCUUGCUAAAGUGCAGAGAACAGCAGCCCUGAGAGUUGCCUCGGCGUACCGCACUGUAUCCGAACCCGCAGUGCUAGUGAUAAGCGGCGUCAUCCCCAUAGACCUUCUCGCAAAGGAGAGAAGACAACUCUGGCUAUGGAAGAAAGACGGAAUAGAAAUACACAUGGCCACAAGACAACAGGCCAGGAAGCAAACUCUCGAACUGUGGCAAGAUCGGUGGACAAGGGAGAGAAAAGGAAGAUGGACCGCCAAACUGAUUAAAGAAAUAGAGAAGUGGCACAGUAGAAAACACGGCGAGGCCCCACAGCCGGCCAAUGAACGACACAACAGCGUUCUUGGGCUCUCUGAAGCUGCGGUUGAUUAA